AUGGCGACGGCGGGCUCCUCGCCGACCGAGGGCAGCUUCAAGGGCCAUGGCCUCGCGGUGCUACGAGCGGGAGCCGCUGCGCCCGGCGCAUCGCCGACUAGCUGCGUAUUCACGCAUCUCACGGCCACUUUCCCGCUCAAGCUCCUGUCGCCCUCGACCUCGUCGCGCAACGCCCUUGCGCGCUCCCUCCGCGUCGCCGGUGCCAGCGCCGAUCAUCGCAAAGAAGCCGACGGAAAGGUACCGCGGCCGCAGAGGAAGGCAAUUGCUGCGCUCUACGUCGUCGGCUACGGCGGCGGGCUCGUCUCGGGCGACACCGUCUCGCUGGACAUUGACGUCGGCUCGCACUGCACGCUGCUCCUGCUGACGCAGGGCAGCACCAAGGUCUUUAAGCAGCGCUUCUCGCGCGGCCGCAUCGACGGCGGCGGCGGCACCAGCCAGACGUUUCGGCUCCUCGUGCGGCGGCACGCCACGCUCGUCGUCCUGCCUGACCCCGUCACUUGCUUCAAGCGUGCCGUGUACGACCAGACGCAGCGCUUCGAUCUCCGCUGCGCCGCCACGUCGUCGCUCGCCCUCCUCGACUGGUUCACGCCUGGCCGGACGCACUACCAGUCCACACGUCGCGAUGGAGGCGGCGCAGGGGGAGAAGGAGGAGCAGGAGCAGGAGCAGGAGCAGGAGCAGGAGCAGGAGCAGGAGCAGCAAGAGAGAGUCAGGACGAGCAGAGGGAGGAGGAGUGGGCGUUUGACCGCUACAUGUCUCGCAACGAGGUGCGCGUCGCCGGGCGAGUCCUCGCCAGGGACGUUGUCCUGCUCGAGCGGCCGCCCCGCGAUACCGACGCCAUUGCACGGCGCUGCAGGCCGUACGCGUGCUUUGCGACGCUCCUCCUCGUGGGGCCAGACUGCCGCGCGACGCGGGACCAGCUCCUGGCUGACUUUUCGCACAUCAGCCAGCGCGUCAAUCGCGGAUCCAGGGCCGUCGUCGACGAUGUCGUGUGGUCCUGCAGUGCGCUCGACGAAGCGCAAGCCGACUCGCUCGUCGUGCGGGUCGCAGGCACCACGACCGAGGGCGUCCGGACGUGGCUGCGGCGCCACCUAACCGCGCUACAGUCCAUCGUGGGCGACGAUCUCUACCGUCAGGCCCUUGGCUCAUGAACCCAAACCUCUUCUCAGCUUGCACUGCACUGUACACUAGCACCGUCAAAUGCAUUGGGGAUAUUAGACUACUG